GGUUUUCGGCCAUUCUGUCUCACUCCUUACUCUGUUGCUUCUAGAGGGCGUUGGAUAUACAUUCUUCUGAAAAUCACCUUAAAAGGCUCGGGCUAGAACAAAAUGGCAUCCAAGUGUGUCCACAAGGGUUGUGGGAAAGAGUUCACCGAUCCGGAGGAGCCAUGCAUCUAUCAUCCUGGACCACCGGUGUUCCAUGAAGGACAGAAAGGAUGGAAAUGCUGCAAACCCCGCGUCCUAACCUUUGACGAAUUCCUUGCGAUCCCCCCAUGCACUACGGGCAAACACUCCACAGUCGAUGAUACCCCGGUUGAGCCCAAGAAGCCUGCUGCAGAUGUCGCAUCUGUUCCUGCGCCAGCACCGGCACCAGCACCACGCCCUGUACAACCCACUGCCACUGCCCCUCCCCCAGCUCCGGCUGCCCCUGUAGUCGAAGAGUCCGAGGACGAUGAUCCAUCCCUUGAAAUCCCGCAGAACACUACAUGCCGCCGACGGGGUUGCAAUACGACAUAUGAUCCAUCGAAGCUCAGGGAUGAGGAGAUCUGCGUUCAUCAUCCUGGACAGCCGAUUUUCCAUGAGGGCAGCAAGGGCUGGUCAUGCUGUAAGCGGCGCGUAUUGGAAUUUGACGAAUUCCUGAAAAUCCCAGGAUGCAAGGAAAAGAAGAGACAUCUUUUUGUUGGCAAGGCCAAUCCAGCUGGGGAGGAGAAGGUUGAGUCCGUAAGGAAUGACUUUUACCAAACGGCAGCGUCUGUCAACGUCUCUCUUUAUCUGAAGAAGAUCGAUAAAGAAAACGCAAGGGUCGAAUUCUCGUCGAAGUCGAUUGCCUUUGAUCUCCCCACCACGGAUAACAAGCGGUUCAAGGACACCUACAGUCUUUUCGCGGCUAUUGAUCCUGAGAAAUCUCAGUUCCGAGUGCUUGGGACGAAGCUAGAAUUAACACUGGCUAAGGCGGAUGGAACAAGUUGGCCAGUUUUGCGAAGUGAUGAUAAAUGGAGCGGCGAGAGAAUCCAAAUAGGCCAGGCCGCGAGAGCGGUCUGAUUAUUUAAGUUAUGCAUGCAAGGCUUGAUGAUAAAGAUAAUAUCUGUACCACCGGUAGGUUUUUUGGUUUCUCUCGGUGUAUGGUGAAGACGUUUUUAAUUCCAAAAGGACGCAGAAGAGAUGGGAGUUCAGUAGGCGCAUUAUAAAACGGUGUGAUUUUUGCAUUAGAUCUCUAUUCUUCCUUGACUAUCGAGUUUUCAUGUAGACUACCACUUCCACACAAAGACAAUUGAGUAUGUCCAAGUCAAAAAAGUUCUCACAAGCACACCAACAUCAAGUGCACGUAAAAUAAAAAGGUAUAUCACGCCCCCUCCACAGCUAUGGCGCAUGGAGCUCUUCAACAAGAAAAGCCCUAGCCCAGCCAUAUAUUGUAAGGGAAAAAGGAGGACGAAGGUAACUCUCCGAAGCCGGGAACGGAAGGAAACCCAUUGUGUAAGAAACCAACAAGAAUAACCCUCAGCAAGCCGUACUUUGACGGAGCUCCGGUGUUGAUUUACAUAUGGUCAAUGUAAAC